ACCACCGAGGCUGGCUGGCUGGCUGGUUGGGGCUAUUAAUUUAUCGGUGUGAAGUGGCUGUCGGAGCGGAUUGAUGUGGAAAGGACAGCGGAGAGGACACGCAGACUGUCCCGGCCGAGUAGAGACACCGGUCAGCUGGUAGAAAGAGAGAGAGAGAAAGAGAGAGAGAGAGAAAGAGAGAGAGAGAGGCAGAAAGAGAAAGAGAGAGAUAGAGAGAGGCAGAAAGAGAGAGAGAGCCUGCACGUCUUCUCAGGGGCUCAGUCUGAGAAACCUGGGGCAUAAAUGAUGUCUGCCACGAGCAUUGACCCUCAGACAUCGAAAGGACAAGAUGCAAGCAAAGCCUUUCCAGUUUCAGUGCAGAAUGGUUCCCUCCACCAGAAGGACACGGUCCAUGACAACGACUUCGAGCCCUAUCUCACCGGCCAGUCUAAUCAGAAUAACAGCUAUCAAUCCAUGACAGACCCUUACCUGUCCAGCUACUAUGCCCCCUCCAUUGGGUUUCCUUACCCCCUCAGUGAGGCUCCGUGGUCUACAGGAGGCGAUCCACCAAUUCCCUACCUGACACCCUAUGCCCCCCUCAGCAAUGGAGACCAUCACUUCAUGCACGACACAGUAUUUGGGCAGCCGGGGGGGCUCAGCAGCAGCAUUUAUCCACACAGGUUUAACUUCUUCCCAGAGAACCCGGCUUUCUCCGCAUGGGGGACCAGUGGCUCCCAGGGCCAGCAGACUCAAAGCUCAGCGUACGGGGGGAGUUACAGCUAUCCACCCAGCUCUCUAGGAGGCACAUUAGUCCCCGAUGGCCAGACGGGUUUCCAUAGCGACACCCUGAGCAAGGCUCCAGGUAUGAACAGCCUAGAGCAGGGCAUGCUGGGCCUAAAAAUAGGCGGGGAUGUGACAGGAAGCGGCUCGGGUGUGAAGAAUACAGGCUCUGUGAUCGGUGGCGGUGGCGGUGUAGCUGCAGCUGUCGCCACGGGCAACGGCGGCACACCAAUGGGAAUGCCCCCUCCGAAGCCUACAUCGUGGGCCGCUAUUGCUAGUAAACCUGCCAAGCUGCAGCAACAAAAGACCAAGAACAAGCCCGGCACGCCCAUAGCUGGAGGACCUCUGCCUCCCCCGCCCAUUAAACACAACAUGGACAUCGAUACUUGGGAUAAUAAAGGGGUCGCUACCAAGAUGGCGCCUCCUUUGCCACCCCACCACCACCAUCACCACCAACACCACCACCACCAACAGCAUCACCAACAGCACCAGCCGCAGCAGCUUCACUCCCACCCUCCCAGCCUCUUACCCCCCCUCCAGCAGUCCCUACAGUCUGCCCAGUCCCUCGUGCAGCAGAUGACCAUGCAGGGCCCUCCGCCUCCUCCUCCGCAGUCUUACCAGAACCACAACUCCGCUCCAACACCUCAGACCCGCUGGAUAGCCCCACGCAGUCGCAACCUGUGCUACGGCGGUGGGAGCUUGGACAGUAGUGGCUCCUCUAACGGCGGCGGUGUUGGUAACGGAGGUGGAGGCGGUGGGUGCAUGCCUCCGGAGCUGGGAUCAGAGUCCCACCCGGUCCUGGAGAAGCUGCGAGCCGCCCACAGUUACAACCCAAAGGAGUUUGACUGGAACCUGAAAAACGGCCGAGUGUUCAUCAUCAAGAGCUACUCCGAGGACGACAUCCACCGCUCCAUCAAGUACUCCAUCUGGUGCAGCACGGAGCACGGCAACAAACGUUUGGACUCGGCCUUCAGAGCGAUGAACUCUAAAGGUCCCGUCUACUUGUUGUUCAGCGUCAACGGCAGCGGCCAUUUCUGCGGCGUGGCGGAGAUGCGAUCGCCUGUGGACUAUGGCACCAGCGCCGGUGUUUGGGCGCAGGACAAGUGGAAGGGCAAGUUUGACGUGAACUGGUUGUUUGUUAAGGACGUGCCUAAUAGCCAGCUUCGCCACAUCCGCCUGGAGAACAAUGACAACAAGCCAGUCACCAACUCUCGUGACACUCAAGAGGUUCCUCUGGAGAAGGCGAAGCAGGUGCUCAAGAUUAUCGCCCAGUACAAACACACCACCUCCAUCUUUGAUGACUUUUCCCACUAUGAGAAGAAGCAGGAGGAGGAGGAAGUGGUGAAAAAGAGCUACGAGCCUGCCUCAAUACCGAGCCGAUCCCGAAUCGAUCAGGAUCGUCAGAAGUAAAACGACAGAAGCCGACUUCUUGAAAGCUCGACCCACGGUCCUGCUCGGACGGACAUAAUGAAAUUUAGAUUUAAAAUAGAAAACACAAGGACAUAAAACAUAAAUAAAUAAAUAAAAAAACUAAUAUUUUUUUCUAUUUAAUUUUGUUGACUUUGGCCCAUGUCAAACUUUUGAGCCACAUCGCUCCUGGUUCCCAGUCUUUCAGAUGCGUGCAGGGAUGAAGCUAGUUCCACCAGUUGAAUCGCUUCAAUGAGAUAUAUUUUCUUGUUUUUUCUGUAUUUUUUAGCCUUAUAAAUCUCUAUUGCUACCCCCCCUCCCCGCCCCCCUCUUGGAACUUGCAUUCUUAACUUAAAUAUAAGUAACAAAUAUCUGCACGUCUGUUUUGAAAAAUCAACAUGCUGCUGAUAUUCAGUGACUGUUCACUUUUGUGGUUUGUGUGUUGGAGAAAUGUUAAAGUGCUUGUAUUGGUUAAUCUUAACGAGUGUACAACACUUUCUUGACAAAUGUCUGCUAAAUGUGUGUGGCCAGUUGUAUUUUAUAUUAUCAGAAGAAGAGAGAAAAAAAAGAGAACUUCUAUAAUGCCCUUUUUUUCAUUGCAGGGGUGUCUUACUUUAGUGGAGGAAUGUGGACACUGAAAGUUGCUGUAUGCGUAGAUAUUAAAAGUCUCUGUAUGCAUAUAGACAUUAAAAUUAUCUGUAUGCAUAGAAAUAAUCAUGCAAGGUUGUGACAUUAGAAAGUAUAAAUGUUAGAAACAUAUUUUGAAUAAUGUAUCACCUGGCUUACAACUGAUUUAACAUUUAAAGUGGAGAAAAUGCGUCUUAAAACUGAUUUAACAUUUAAGGUGGAGAAAAUGCAUCUUUUUUUUCUCUCUGGGGUGGAGCCUUAACGUUUCUUUUCAUCAAAAAUGUAGAUGAUUUUUUUGUUUUCCAGUACUGUACCUCAAAAUGUUUGAGCUAGAGAUUCAGGGAAAAGAUGUCGAGAUCAAAAUGCUCUUAAAGGUAUUCCCUCUCUUUCUUAUUUAUUGGAUGAAAAAAAAAACACAAAUAUACUGUAUGAGUUCUGGUUUUUAUCAACACAAAAAAAUGUGCUUUCUGUCUAUUUCCCUGUUGGUCUUUUUUUUUUGGGUAGCUUUUAUUUCCUUCUGUUCCCGCGCUGAUCCAACAGGGGUCUCUGUUUAUUAAAAAUCUGGAGAUAAUGUAGCAUGUACUGCUUUUAAAAACCGAAGCCAGGCUUGUCACUUUGUUAACUCUUUUUUGUUUCUUACACUUUAUUAACAUAAUUAUAAUCUUGGCAUUUUCAUUUUCAUUGCUAUAACCUUUCCACCAUCAUCCUCAGAAAAAUGUAAGCUUUAAUGUAUCGGCAUUUCUAACUUGAGAUUGCCUCAAAAUGUUUAACUGUAGCAUUAUACUUAACUGAUUUAUUGUCAAGUGUAUGGAAAACCCAGAGACUAGCCUAUAUGGUAUAUGUUUGUGACUUUUUUUAAUUGCUUGCUGUAUCGUUUGUGAGUGUGUGUGAGUGUAUGUGAGUGUGUGCGUGUGUGUGUGUGUGCAAGUGUGAAAGAAUAGAGAGGGAGUAUGACUGUAGAGCAAUCAGAGUUAUAUAACGGUAUUGGAAUAUAGAAAAUUUAUGCAAAAAAAAAAAAAAAAGUUUUAAGUCACCCCUGAAUUAAAUAUCCAUUGUAUCAGAGGUCACUAUCACAUUCUUAGAUUUGAUCAUGUUCAUUAUUAAAGAUAUACUUAUCUGUU